AUUAUCUAAAAAAUAAAAUGUGAUUAUCUAUUUCCCUCCACACCAUUCCAUUUCUCUCCGCUCCGCUAGUUUUGAAACACUAUUUACCUAUUUCGAAAAGGAACCAUUCGGACAAGGUUUUAAACGAUCCAGAAUGAUCAUUCCGAACAAUGUCAUUAGCUACGGAAACGAAGAUAGAGAAACAGAAAUGAAGAUUUCAAAGAACACGAGUAAUCGAAACUCAGAAGAAUCAUUACUAGUUCAAAACGCAGACCUAAUCCUCCCAUGGCUAACCCAUCAACAACUCGCCAAUCUUUCCUUAACCUCCAAAUCACUCCACAAACUCACUCAAACCCUAACCCUAAAUCGUAUCUCCGAUGCUUCUAGAAACUUCGAGAAUUUCCCAAUCCCAUUCCUCAACAACAACAACGAUCACAAUGUCAAUCACCCUUACUCAUACUUUCUCUACACACCUUCACUUCUCUCCACCACUAACAUCCCUCGUUACCAACCAUGGGGCGGCAAUUCUGUAACUUCAACAAACCCUAAAACGAUUGAUAAUGAUCAUGAUGAAUCGGUGAGUUUUGUUGAUGUGGUGGGUUGUGAUUGCGGCGAGGUUUGUGGUGAUGGGUGUGUUUGUUUUGGGUUUUAUGAUGAUGUGGGAAGGGAAUGUGGGCCGAGUUGUUUUUGUGAAGUGGGGUGUGGGAAUAGGGUGAGUCAGAAUGGGGUUGCGGUUAGGGUUAAGAUUGUCAGGUGUGGAGAGAAAGGGUGGGGUUUGUUUGCUGAUCAGGUUAUUCCUAAAGGACAGUUCUUGUUUCAUUAUGCAGGUGAACUAUUGACAACCAAGGAAGCACAAAGGAGACAACAAUAUUACGAUGAAUUGUCAUCGCGUGGUCGUUUCUUUUCUGCACUUUUAGUUGUAAGGGAACACUUGCCAUCUGGAAAUGCAUGUUUGAGAUUGAACAUAGACGCCACAAGAAUAGGAAACGUUGCACGGUUUGUAAAUCAUUCAUGUGAUGGCGGUAAUUUAAGCACAAAGCUAAUUAGAAGUACAGGAGCUUUGUUCCCACGCCUUUGCUUCUUUGCUUUGAAAGAUAUCCAAAAAGAUGAAGAACUUACUUUUAGCUAUGGAGAAAUCAGGAAAAGGUCCAACGGAUUACCGUGUUACUGCAACAGCCCUUCUUGCCUUGGAACAUUGCCGUCAGAAGACACUUGAAAGUUGAAACAUGUAGGAAUUUUUAUUUUAUUUUGGGGGUUGAGAUUGUGUGAAUUAGGAAAAGGGUAGUUUUCAUGAAUUUGACAUUAGUUCACAACAUGCAUUGUAGCAACAACAACACUUCAUAUGGAAGGUGUCGGUUUCCAACAUACAAUCAAUACCAAAACUUGUGGCUACAUUGAAUCUCUUCUAUUUUCUCCAAUUAUUAUCCGUGUUUGUGUCAGUGUCGUGUUCAAUGUCUGCAUUUCUUAGAACGAGAAUCUCCUGGAUAUCUUCGUAACAGUUGCGGAAGUGUUAUUUAAUUAUUGAUAACUUUAUGUUGAGCCAUAGUUGCAUGUAUAUAAUUAUCUUCCAGUGAUUCCAACUGA